CAAUCUGUGACACCUCUGGGGUUUUGGCUGCUCUUGACCAUAUCAAGAGUGAGAUAAGGAGACCUUGUGCCUCAGGGGUGGUGGGGUGAGGGGGCAGUGCCCUGGGGGAGUCAGUGCUCAGGGCUGGGGGGCAGCAGGGCUGCCCAGCUCCUCACUGACACCAUCAUAGGUGGGGGGCUGCCCAACAGCUGUGCCCCAGGAGGGACCCUGUGCCCCAGGAGGCAACCUGCCCCUUCCCAGAGCAGGGCCAGGUGUCCCCACCAUGUCCCAGCAUGGUGCCAGCACAUGACGGGCAGAUGUGACCAUUCCCAGGUGGGACGGUGAGUGCGAUAAGAGCAGGUGAUGGGGCUGAGGAGCCUCUGUGCCCACAGCUUGGGACAGUCCCCACAUGUCAGCGGCAGGCAGGGCCACUCCAAGGUCCCCGGCAGUCCGGACACUAUAAGAGGGGUGAGCGGCCCCAUUGCGGCACCUUUGCUCCACACAACCAUGCUGGGAGCCGUCUGUCUCGUCGUGCUGCUGGGCUACGCCUAUGGAUGCGGUCAGCCGGCCGUGCCACCACUGCUGAGCUCCCGCGUGGUGGGCGGUGAAGACGCUGUAGCCCACAGCUGGCCAUGGCAGAUCUCGCUGCAGUACAAACGCUUUGGGUCCUGGAGCCACUAUUGCGGCGGGACCCUCAUUGCCCCCCAGUGGGUGCUGACAGCUGCCCACUGCAUCAGCUCUUCCAUGACCUACCGUGUGGCGCUGGGCAGGCAGGACGUGUCAAAGGCUGAUGAGGCUGAUUCUGUAGCCGUGGCUGUGGAGAAGAUUAUCGUCCAUGAGGACUGGGAUUCCUACUACAUCAUGUAG